CUCUGUCACCGCGAGCUGCGGAGGCUGGGCGGUGCUUUCGGGCGCCCGCGGGACGGUUCCGCCCUCUCACGGCACCCCCGGGCUUCUCUUCGCAAGGUUUACCUCGAAUGAAGAACAAGCGGGGAGGGAAGGGAAGGGCUGCGGCGGCGCGGGCGCAGCCCGUUGGGCCCGGGGCUGGGGGAGGCCAGGUCACGUAACUGCUGCUCUGGCGUCGGGCCGGGGAGGGGGCGCCAGCCGGGGCAGCGAGAAUCUUGCGCGCGCCGCGGCUGUGAAACAGUUACAGGCUAGUAAACAACAGCUGCGCGCCCACCCGCAUUAGCUGGCGCCGGGAUACCGCACCUGCGACCUUCUUCUCCCUCACCCCGCUGCCCAGUCAGGCAAGCCUGCGUGGCCGUCUCCUCCUCUGCUGGGACCCGGAGGAAGAACGACGAGGGGGUGACCUGCGCCCGGGCGGGGAUAGGGGAGAACGCGCCUCUGGCAAAGGGGGUGGCUCGUCCUGUCACACGCUGGAGAAACCUAGCGAGCGGACCGUGGCUCAGUGGACUAGCCACGACUUGCCACGACUCUGAGCUGCUGUCCGAGGUGUCUUGAUCCGCUAACCUCCUCCCAGACCCCGAGGACCUUUCUGCUAGGAGAAGAGCGGACGCACCACCCCCACGGACCUCUCGGAGACAGGAAUCCGCUCUGCCUCUGCAUCCUCCUUUGCUCACCCUUCUCUCAGUAGUGUGGGUUAUUUUUCCCGUUAUGCAUGCGCACCUUUCCCACCAGACCCAAGUGGAUUGUCGACAUCAAAAACACCGGGUGGCUUUGCAUACACCUCCCCCCAGCCAGACCUGUGGGGUAUUCACCUGAUACACAACAGGUGGCCGGGUGUACACCAUUUUGCAAUCUGAUCCACGCUAUAGUCGCCUGAUAAAGGUUUGCCUGCACGCACUUCGCCCAACUAGAACCGUGGGACACUCACCAGAUAAAGGACUACCUCGACAGGAACCUGGGGGCUGAGGGGAGGGAGGCUUCAUCUGCUGCCCUGAGACCAUGGCACUGAGCCUUCAGCCCUGGACCAGAGGGGAUAGCUAGGUAGCUCUUCAUUCUGAAGGAAAGAAGUUACACAAGAUUGGCAUUGUUUUGUCUUUUUGCUUUUUGUUUUUUUCUCUCUUAAAAAAUAUAUUCACCUAUUGGUGAUGCACUUUCUAGGACAGUCGGCUUGAAUUCUGAGUAGAAGGAUUCUUAGUUGGGGCUUUUUGUGUGGUGUGAAUCAAGGUUAUUGAAAUGUGUUAUUUUUCAAGUUAUCUUUUGUAUUGCAGUCAAAAGUAGCUAGCGUAAGAGGAAGAUUUUGCGAGGUUCCCCCCACUUUUUUUGUUCUUAAAAAGAACAAAAUGCAUCCUCCAGAAACCACUACCAAGAUGGCUUCAGUUCGGUUCAUGGUGACACCGACAAAGAUCGAUGACAUUCCAGGUUUGUCAGACACCAGUCCGGACCUCAGCUCUCGAUCUAGUUCCCGAGUAAGAUUUAGCUCCCGGGAAAGUGUGCCUGAAACAAGCCGGAGUGAGCCUAUGAGUGAGAUGUCUGGGGCCACCACUUCGCUGGCAACUGUUGCACUGGAUCCACCCAGUGACCGGACUUCUCACCCCCAGGAUGUCAUCGAGGACCCGAGUCAGAACUCCAUCACAGGGGAACACAGCCAACUGUUAGACGAUGGACAUAAGAAAGCCCGAAAUGCUUAUCUCAAUAAUUCCAAUUAUGAAGAAGGAGAUGAAUAUUUUGAUAAAAAUUUGGCACUCUUCGAGGAAGAAAUGGACACCAGACCGAAGGUGUCUUCCCUCCUCAACCGCAUGGCCAAUUACACUAAUCUGACUCAAGGAGCAAAGGAACAUGAAGAGGCAGAAAACAUCACUGAAGGGAAAAAGAAGCCCACCAAGACCCCUCAAAUGGGUACCUUCAUGGGUGUCUACCUCCCGUGUCUACAAAAUAUUUUUGGAGUGAUCCUUUUUUUACGCCUUACGUGGGUGGUGGGCACAGCUGGAGUUCUUCAGGCUUUUGCAAUUGUCCUUAUCUGCUGCUGCUGUACAAUGUUGACUGCUAUCUCCAUGAGUGCCAUUGCCACUAAUGGAGUGGUGCCAGCUGGGGGCUCAUACUUUAUGAUUUCCCGGGCACUGGGCCCAGAGUUUGGUGGGGCUGUUGGCCUCUGCUUUUAUCUUGGUACCACAUUUGCAGCAGCCAUGUACAUCCUUGGUGCCAUUGAAAUCUUUCUGGUCUAUAUCGUCCCCCGGGCUGCCAUCUUUCGCAGUGAUGACGCACUCAAGGAAUCAGCAGCCAUGCUAAAUAACAUGCGUGUCUACGGCACAGCUUUCUUGGUCCUUAUGGUAUUAGUGGUAUUUAUCGGCGUACGCUAUGUGAACAAGUUUGCCUCACUUUUCCUGGCCUGUGUCAUUGUGUCCAUCUUGGCCAUCUAUGCUGGAGCCAUCAAGUCUUCUUUUGCCCCUCCACACUUCCCGGUCUGCAUGCUGGGUAACCGCACCCUUUCAUCAAGACACAUUGACGUUUGCUCUAAGACCAAGGAAAUUAACAACAUGACAGUCCCAUCAAAGUUAUGGGGAUUCUUCUGUAACUCAAGUCAAUUUUUCAAUGCCACCUGUGAUGAAUACUUUGUUCACAAUAAUGUCACUUCAAUCCAGGGCAUUCCUGGAUUGGCUAGUGGUAUAAUUACAGAGAAUCUUUGGAGUAAUUACCUACCCAAGGGAGAGAUCAUUGAAAAGCCUUCAGCCAAAUCUUCUGAUGUCUUAGGCAGCUUAAACCAUGAAUAUGUUCUUGUUGACAUCACCACCUCCUUCACCCUUCUGGUGGGAAUCUUCUUUCCCUCUGUUACAGGUAUCAUGGCUGGAUCAAACAGAUCUGGAGAUCUGAAAGAUGCUCAGAAGUCUAUUCCCAUUGGUACUAUCCUUGCCAUCCUGACCACCUCCUUUGUCUAUUUAAGCAAUGUUGUCCUCUUUGGUGCAUGUAUUGAAGGGGUUGUUCUCAGAGACAAGUUCGGUGAUGCUGUGAAAGGUAAUUUGGUGGUGGGCACCUUAUCUUGGCCAUCCCCAUGGGUGAUUGUUAUUGGCUCCUUCUUUUCAACAUGUGGAGCUGGACUUCAGAGCCUCACAGGUGCACCGAGGCUGCUACAAGCUAUUGCCAAGGAUAACAUCAUACCGUUUCUGAGGGUUUUUGGCCACAGCAAAGCCAAUGGGGAACCUACCUGGGCUUUACUUCUAACUGCUGCCAUUGCAGAGCUCGGAAUACUCAUUGCCUCCCUGGAUCUUGUGGCCCCAAUUCUUUCCAUGUUUUUUCUCAUGUGUUACCUCUUUGUAAACUUGGCAUGUGCCUUGCAAACAUUACUUCGAACACCCAACUGGAGACCCCGAUUCCGCUACUACCAUUGGGCCCUUUCUUUCAUGGGAAUGAGUAUCUGUCUGGCUCUGAUGUUCAUUUCUUCCUGGUAUUAUGCCAUUGUAGCCAUGGUAAUAGCUGGUAUGAUCUACAAGUACAUUGAAUACCAAGGAGCUGAGAAAGAAUGGGGUGAUGGUAUCCGUGGGCUGUCCCUCAGUGCAGCCCGGUUUGCUUUGCUUCGAUUGGAGGAAGGACCUCCACACACUAAGAACUGGAGGCCUCAGUUGCUUGUAUUACUGAAACUAGAUGAAGACUUACAUGUCAAGCAUCCUCGCCUCCUCACCUUUGCCUCACAGCUCAAAGCAGGAAAAGGUCUCACUAUUGUGGGCUCUGUCAUCGUGGGGAACUUCCUAGAGAACUAUGGUGAAGCUUUAGCUGCUGAGCAGACCAUAAAGCACCUAAUGGAGGCAGAGAAGGUAAAAGGAUUCUGCCAGCUGGUGGUGGCCGCCAAGCUGAGAGAGGGCAUUUCCCACCUCAUCCAGUCAUGUGGCCUUGGGGGCAUGAAGCACAACACGGUGGUGAUGGGCUGGCCUAAUGGCUGGCGUCAAAGCGAAGAUGCCCGUGCUUGGAAGACUUUUAUUGGCACAGUUCGAGUGACAACUGCUGCCCAUCUCGCACUGCUGGUGGCUAAAAACAUCUCCUUCUUUCCCAGCAAUGUGGAGCAAUUUUCUGAGGGCAACAUUGAUGUGUGGUGGAUUGUGCAUGAUGGGGGGAUGCUUAUGCUACUACCAUUCCUACUGAAACAGCACAAGGUGUGGCGAAAGUGCAGCAUACGGAUCUUCACGGUGGCCCAAUUAGAAGACAACAGUAUCCAAAUGAAGAAGGACCUAGCCACCUUCCUAUAUCACUUGCGCAUUGAGGCGGAGGUAGAAGUGGUGGAGAUGCAUGACAGUGAUAUAUCGGCAUAUACUUACGAGCGCACUUUGAUGAUGGAGCAAAGGUCCCAGAUGCUCCGGCACAUGCGGCUAUCCAAAACAGAGCGAGACAGAGAGGCACAAUUGGUGAAAGACCGAAACUCAAUGCUACGAUUGACCAGCAUUGGCUCUGAUGAGGACGAAGAGACAGAAACCUAUCAGGAGAAGGUGCAUAUGACUUGGACAAAAGACAAGUACAUGGCAUCCCGGGGACAAAAAGCCAAGUCAAUGGAAGGAUUCCAGGACCUGCUUAACAUGCGUCCUGACCAGUCCAAUGUGAGGCGGAUGCAUACAGCAGUGAAACUCAACGAGGUUAUAGUUAACAAGUCCCAUGAAGCAAAGCUGGUUUUAUUGAAUAUGCCAGGGCCACCCCGAAACCCUGAGGGUGAUGAAAACUACAUGGAGUUCCUAGAGGUGCUUACCGAGGGACUAGAGCGAGUCCUACUUGUCCGGGGUGGUGGCAGUGAAGUGAUCACCAUUUAUUCAUAACCUACUCUGAAUGACUGUGCUUGGCCUGUUUUCUUAAAAGGCCUACAUCCUCCAUGGAAGUGCCAGCUCAAUACUACCACUCCCACUCAACUAGAAGCCUGUGUUCUGUACACAUCAUACUGAACUCUUGAUGAGCUGAGCCUCAAGUACCUGUGUAAAAGAGCUCCCAUCUGAUCUGCAGUCCUUACAGAAAAAGCAAAUUUUCCCUCAACAUCAGAACAAUGCUCAAGUCUUUCAAGCCACGUCUGAGCAGUCAAAGGCAAAUUAGAAUUAACAAGCUGAGCCAAUAAAUGAAUUGGUAAAAGGGAUGCUAGAAAUUCAUCUGAAGAAAAAAGCAAGUCAAGUACACAUUCAGCAUUAAAGAUGAAUCUCAGAAGUCAUGGUUCAAUGAUGACACCGUGGGGAUGACAACUGGAGACAGCUUCAUCUUACUAAAGAAUUUAUGGUCAAGUAUAUUUGGACCUAUUAUCCUCGGCAAGCCAAGAUGCAAACAUUUUUUAGCUAUAUUUCUUUAGUAUACCCACUGCUCUAAUUUUAUAUUAGGAUACUAACUUGAAACAUGGCUGCAGCCUCUACUUCUUCAAAAACAUUCCCCCAAAAUACCAGAUUUAAAUUUCCAUACUGUGUCAGUGUAUACUUCAACUGUUUGUUUCUCUUAACUCAGAACCCAUUCUGUCACUGUAACACAGGCAGUGUUACCAUGGAAAUUGUUUUCGGUAAGGUAAAAAUUAUUUCUUUCAGGUUCCUUUCAAAUGGCUGAACUAAGAGAACUCCAAAAGGAAGCUAUUAACAUUUACUGAAAUAGUCUGUGGUUCUCUAUGCAGCAUGGACAAAACAUACAAGCUGUUGUCUAAGAAAUGCAGGUCAUGGUGCACAUUAACCAAUAGGUUCUUCUCCCUCCUGCCCCCACCCCCGUGCCUUUUUUUAUCCCUCUUAUUAAGCACAGGUCAAAAAAUCUUAACAAAUACUUGGCUAAACAUCCUUCCCUGAAAGCACUGGACCAUCUUUUAGAGGGCACAUCUAGCAAUGGAAUUGGAAGUUCUAGAGCCAUACUCUUUCUUUAGUGCCAAAGUUACUGAGCGGCUACUCUCCUUACCUACUUUACUAAAAUGGCAUACAGAUUGGCAGCAUUGACCUGUUGAAAUUUUACCACUAAGAAAUCUUUUGCCUCAUCUACAAAGCCAUAGUUAAGACUUGACGCAUUCAAAUUAAUGCCAAGUGUAAGCAUUUCCCCCUUUUUCUUUCCAUUUUAUUCUUCAUUCUGACUACAGAAACUUGGCUGUGAACUAAGAGGUUAGCCAAGCCAACAGUCUUCUGUUUGUUUUCAGAAACUUCAGGCCAGGUGCCAUGGCUCACACUUGUAAUCCUAGCACUUUGGGAGGCCAAGGCAGGUGAAUCACUUGAGGUCAGGAGUUCGAGACCAGCCUAGCCAACAUGGUGAAAACCUGUCUACUAAAAAUACAAAAAUUAGCCAGGCAUGGUGGUGCAUGCCUGUGAUCCCAGCAACACGGAAGGCUAAGGCAGGAGAAUCAUUUGAACCCAGGAGGCGGAGGUUGCAGUGAGCCAGGAUUGCACUUCUGUAUUCCAGCCUGGGUAACAGAGUGAUAUGUUUCAAAAAGAAAGUUCAGUGUGCCAAGGAAAUACUUGUGUAAGCUCAGCUUUUUAUUUACUAAUUUACUGAUCAAACAACAUCUGGCUUACAAGCAUAGGGAAACUACUUAUGUGGCUGGCUGAGCAGUAAUUUCAAGUAUGUGAAAUCUUCAUUUCUUUUACAGAAUAGGUAUUUAGAGAAACUUCUUUUGCCUGUAUUCAUGUUUGUUUUUGAAUUUCAAUUUAUUAGUCACAAAUAGUGCCACUCUUCUUUGAUUACUCUAUAGGACAUGGAGCAAGCUGACCUAGGUGUCACAAAUUGUUCAUUUGACCCCUGUAAGGACAGAGAAAACCUUCAAUAUAGCUAAAGAAAUUGAGUAAUUUUGGGCCGGGCACGGUGGCUCACGCCUGUAAUCUCAGCACUUUGGGAGGCCAAGGCAGGUGGAUCACAAGGUCAACAGAUUGAGACCAUCCUGGCUAACAUGGUGAAACCCUGUCUCUACUAAAAAUACAAAAAAAUUAGUCGGGCAUGGUGGCGGGUGCCUGUAGUCCCAGCUGCUCAGGAGGCUGAGGCAGGAGAAUGGCGUGAACCCGGGAGGCGGAGCUUGCAGUGAGCCGAGAUUGCACCACUGCACUCCAGCCUGGGUGACAGAGGGAGACUCCGUCUCAAAAAAAAAAAAAAAAAAAAAAAAAGAAAUUGAGUAAUUUUUGAUUUGUUCCCUUUGCUUUCUUCAACCUCCAGGCCCACUCAGGAUGGCAAAGCGGAUAGGAUCUUAAGUCUUUUUUUCUGUUCCUUCCUACAGACGGUAGAAGCAUUAUUUACAACUCCCACUGCAACACUCCAUUGCUUAGUUGAGUUUAACAGUAGCGAGUCAUGUCCUGCAGGAUCCAGUAUCUUUUUUUUUUUCCAAGACGGAGUUUUGCUCGUUGCCAAGGCUGGAGUGAAAUGGCACGAUCUCGGCUUACCGCAACCUCUGCCUCCCAGGUUCAAGUGAUUCUCCUGCCUCAGCAUCCCGAGUAGCUGGGAUUACAGGCAUGUGCCACCACGCCCGGCUAAUUUUGUAUUUUCAGUAGAGAUGGGGUUUCUCUACUGAAACUCAUGUUGGUCAGGCUCGAACUCCCAACCUCAGAUGAUCUGCCCGCCUUGGCCUCCCAAAGUGCUGGGAUUACAGGCGUGAGCCACUGCGCCUGGCCAGGAUCCAGUAUCUUAAAGGCCCAUACUGUAAAGGUCAGCCUGCCUACGAAUUCUGCCACAUUUACACACACCCCUGGCCAAACUAAUUUUUUUUUUUCCAUGUAGAACAAAUUAUGGGCAGAAAAUAAAGUUAGUUUUAGAAGUGCUGUUUGUGGUUGGAGAACUGUAAAAAUCUUUUAAAGGGAUAAGGGAAUUAGUGGCCAUUAAUAUAACCACUACUUCAGCCCCUGAAACACAAAAUCACUGUUACAUGGAAAACUGGUUAUUAGGCCAGAUUUAUAUUCAUCUCUGUCUAGAGCAUUUCAUGUCUGUAUGUGUUGCUUACAUUGUCUCCAAAGUCUCUCAUCUCUUUUAAUCACUGCUAAUACAGCAAUACUGAAAACUUGAGAGAAUGCACCUUAGGGGAAGGGGCUGUUUCAAGACAGAAGACAAAGGAAAUACCUACCUUUUGAAUAAGAUCCCGCUUUUGAGUCUUACCUAUGACUUUACCAGGGUAGAUUAGAAAUACACAUCCUCCUGCUGACCCUCUGCCUUCAAUAGCUAUCUAUCUAUCUAUCUUAAAAGCUGAAGUUUGAACUGCAGCAUCUGCUUGACAGAUGCCAGGUUCCUCUCGGCAGGGGGAUGAUCACUCUAUACAUCUUCCAUUGCCUCAGAUUCCUGUGGCCCCAAGGAUCCCACCAAUCCUCAUUCCCCCUAAACAUGCUAACAAAAAUCCCUUAUUGUGAGUAUUAAAAUAACAGUUACACUGUAUGCGUAUUUAUGUGCUCCUUUUGUCUGGUUUAUUUUUCUUUUCAUCAUGUAUAAGCUGAAUCCAGCAUUAGUUUCUCACAUCUUCCCCAAGUAUCCCCAACAGAAUUUUUAUGUCCCAGCUUGUAUUAAAUAGAAGUGAAAUAUUAAGGAAAAUAGAUUUAAGGGAACUUGUGCAACUUUUUUUAUGCAUUGUUCUCAACCAUUUAAUUUAUUGAAAGGAGAUGCUGCAACAGUUCUUGAUUUAGCAGCAAUUAUUCUCUUGUUUACAUAGUUAUGAUUUUAUUUGUUGUUUUGCUCUGUACUGGAAACAUAAAUAAAGUUUUCUAUAUUAUUUUCA